AUUCCUCAUUCCGUGUGAUUCGAUGCUGACCGAAGCUGCCCUCUUCAACAUUACCUCCGGCGUCUAUCCGAGAAAUAAUGAUCACUGAGCAGCAGCGGCCACAGACUGGGCCCGGAGCAGCAUUCCCCUGCUCUGUCGGUGAGCCAUGAGCAUGCCACCGCUCCGUCCUCCUCCUCCCAGCCUCACCGACACUCGUUCACCCCCAGCAAGAUGUAUUUCAACCGGAGAGCCAAGAAGAUACACAGUGAGGGAGAACAGUUAGUGUUGACCACCAUUAGGCAGGAGGCUUCUGAACUGCAGGACCCAGGCGAGGGUGCCAGCGCUACCAUGCGUGCCUGCCUCACAGACAGGUUUGACAAAACCUCGCCUCUCUCCCAUCAAUCCAACGGUGCAGGACCUGCUUGCUCGUCUGGCGGUUACCGCAAGGCAGAUGAUGAGAUGUCCGGGACCACAUCCCAGGCGGAUCCCGUAGACGGCACCGCAAGGACGGUGCUGCUCAACCGGCAACAGAAUACCAAGUUCUGCGACAACCACGUCAGUACCACCAAGUAUGGGGUUCUCACCUUCCUUCCCCGGUUCCUGUAUGAGCAGAUCAGGCGGGCUGCCAACGCCUUCUUCCUGUUCAUCGCACUCAUGCAGCAAAUUCCUGAUGUAUCACCGACUGGUCGCUACACCACACUGGUCCCACUCAUCUUCAUCCUCACUGUGGCCGGGAUCAAAGAGAUCAUAGAGGACUAUAAACGACACAAAGCAGACAACACAGUAAACAAGAAGACGACAACAGUGCUGCGGACCGGAGCCUGGCAGACGAUCAUCUGGAAACAGGUGGCAGUAGGAGACAUAGUGAAGGUGACCAAUGGCCAGCAUCUUCCAGCUGACAUAGUUAUUGUGUCCUCCAGCGAGCCGCAGGCCAUGUGUUACACCGAGACCUCCAACCUGGAUGGAGAAACCAACCUGAAGAUCAGACAGGGUCUCUCGAUCACGGCUACUUUUCAGAGCUUGGAGGAUUUGGUUGCGAUGUCUGGUCGUUUGGAGUGCGAAGGCCCCAACAGACACCUGUAUGACUUCACUGGCACACUGCGGCUGGAGAACCUGAAUCCAGCUCCCCUGGGUCCAGACCAGGUGUUGCUGCGCGGCGCCCAGCUCAGAAACACACAGUGGGUUGUGGGAAUUGUAGUCUACACUGGCCAUGACUCCAAACUGAUGCAGAACUCCACCAAGGCACCACUGAAGCGCUCUAAUGUGGAGCGGGUGACCAACAUGCAGAUCCUGGUCUUGUUUGGCAUCCUGCUGGUUAUGGCCCUGAUUAGCUCUGUGGGCGCCGCCAUCUGGAACAAAGAACAUACUGAAGAAUCCUGCUGGUACCUGUCCCGGGCUGGUGACAUCUCCACUAACUUUGCAUAUAACCUGCUGACGUUCAUCAUCCUGUACAACAACCUGAUCCCCAUCAGCCUGCUGGUCACUCUGGAGGUGGUCAAGUUCACACAGGCCCUCUUCAUCAACUGGGACAUGGAGAUGUAUUACGCAGAGACAGACACACCGGCCAUGGCUCGAACGUCCAAUCUUAAUGAAGAACUGGGCCAGGUGAAGUAUCUCUUUUCCGACAAAACAGGAACUCUGACCUGUAACAUCAUGAACUUCAAGAAGUGUACCAUUGCAGGAAUUACAUAUGGGCACUUCCCUGACCUUGAUUGUGAUCGUUCAAUGGAGGACUUCAGCAAUCUGCCUGCCAACAGCAAUAACUCUACAGAAUUUGACGACCCAGCUCUCAUCCAAAACAUCGAGACACAUCCUACAUCACCUCAGAUCUGUGAGUUCCUGACAAUGAUGGCUGUGUGCCACACGGUGGUCCCAGAGCGGGAGGAAGACAAGAUCAUUUACCAGGCCUCUUCGCCAGAUGAAGGAGCGCUGGUCAAAGGAGCCAAAGGGCUCGGCUUUGUCUUUACUGCAAGAACCCCGCAUUCAGUCAUAAUCGAAGCUAGAGGAAAAGAGAUGAGCUAUGAGCUACUGAAUGUGCUGGAGUUUUCCAGUAACCGCAAACGCAUGUCUGUGGUGGUCAGAACCCCCAACGGGAGGCUACGGCUGUACUGCAAAGGAGCUGAUAAUGUCAUUUUUGAGCGUCUGACUGAGGCAUCCCAGUACAAAGAAUCAACUAAUGCUCAUCUGGAACAGUUUGCUACUGAAGGACUGAGGACUCUGUGUUUUGCCUAUGUGGACCUGGAGGAAGACGCCUACCAGGAGUGGCUGACAGAAUACAAUCGUGUCAGCACUGUGCUCAAAGACCGCGCUCAGAAACUAGAGGAGUGUUACGAACUACUGGAAAAGAACUUACUGCUGUUGGGCGCCACAGCCAUAGAGGACCGUCUGCAGGCUGGCGUGCCAGAGACCAUCGCCACUCUGAUGAGGGCCGACAUCAAGAUCUGGGUCCUCACCGGAGACAAGCAGGAGACUGCCAUCAACAUAGGUUACUCCUGUCGUCUGGUGACACACGGCAUGUCUCUCGUCAUCGUCAACGAGGACUCCCUAGAUCGUCGCCAGGGGCAACCGGCCUCCCGCAUGGCAGCUAUGCGGCAUGGCAUUGUGGGCCGCGGGCCCGAGCGGAGCAGUUGA